AUGGCUAAGGAAAGGGAGAUCAUAUGGCUUGUUAAAAAUUCCAACAGAAAACAGGAAAAGCAGUUAUUGAGGAAAGAGUGCAUAGCUACCGUUCUUGGGAUUCUUUACCAAUACACGAAGCAAGAAAUAAUUGGUUAUUUGGAGAGUAUUGAUACUUCGCAUAAGUCCAUCUACUUUGAUGGAUGUUACGGCUUGGGUGCAUCUGCUGUCCUUCGGGCAAUAGUUGAAGACCCUCCACUAUCUUUGAGAAAGAAAUUCAAUAGGAUCAUCCAUGUCGAUUGCUCAAGGUGGAAAAGUCGAAGAGCUAUGCAGAGGGAAAUCGUGGACAACCUGAAGCUUCCUCAGUGGGUGAUGGCUAUUAUUGACAAACAGGAUGAGGAAGAUGAUUUUAGCGGGGUCGACGAAGGCUCUAGACUUGAGAUAGAAAGGGUCGGGUGGGAGAUCCAAAGUUCCCUAAGAGACCACACGUGUUUAGUGGUUUUCCAUAAUGGGAGCAAUGACAUAAUUGACAUACGAGAUUUUGGCAUUCCACUAUUUGGCUUGCUUGGCAGCACUAAAGUACUGUGGACCUUUAGAGGUCGGCUGCGGCUCAAUCCGGAUUUAAGAUCAAAAGUGGAUGAUUCACAUCUUUGUAUUUACAGUUAUUCUCUGGAGUGGUGGGAAGUGGUUAGAGCAGAGGCUAGAGAAAUUGCUCGAUACACGCAUAAGAUUGGUGUCAGCACUGAAAUAGCUCUGGAGUGUAUCUUGUAUCUGUUGUUAUUAGAUGAUCAGAGACGUCGCCGCGGCGGAGACAUGGACUACAAUUGGUCUAUCCAUGCUUCCAACUAUUGGGUUUGUGAUGGGAUCAUACAAAGAAACCAUGAGAACGAGGCAUGGGAUGUCGGCACUGCUAUGCAGCUUGAGCUGCGAUUGGAGGACGACGUACGUCCAGAGAUACCAGUUGAGUACAUAACGGAGAAUAUGAAAGAGUACUAUAAACUAUGGACUUUUGUCACGACCACUUCUACGGAACAAAGGACUGUACCUCCAGAGUCAACGUCCUGUUUCAUCAGUGGAUGUGGAUCGUCUCAACUAUCAUUGCCUAAUCGAAUGUUUCAUCAAUCAGGUAACCUUCGUGUACUGAAGCUGUGCCGUUGUACAUUCAAUUUUUCAUCACCUCCUUUCAGUUGUUGUUGCACCUUAAGAUUCCUAGGAUUAGAUAGGUGCAAGGAUCAAAAGGAAGAAACAGAGGAGAAGCAAGGUAGAGCUGCCGCAGUGGAGUUCUUUCAGAGCCUGCUGGUGCUAGACAUAUGCGACACGGAGUGGGGAUUAGAAAAUAAAAUAGUGCAAAUGGGUACAAACAUCAGGGAGAUAAAUAUAAAGAGGGGAAGGGUGUGGCACAACAAUCUUGCAUGGAGACAACUGCAAAACCUUCGCAAGCUUCGAGUAGUUGAGCCUACCUGCUCUUGGGAGACAGGCCAAGGAGAUGAAUUCACAGGCAUGGUGAAGUUGGAACUCCUUGACCUGUCUGGAAACAGCACCAUAAAAGUUUUGCCGAGCUUGUCUGGGGCAACUAGCCUCAAGACUCUGGUCCUAGAUGGCUGUGUUGGGUUGGAGCGUGUUGGCCCUGAAGGACUCCCUCCAUCACUCGAGACAUUCAGCUUAGAUGUAGGAUCAAACCAAAAGGAUGCUGCCAGCAAACUUUCCAAGAUAUCUUUGGUGGGUUGUGUGCAUUUGCAGAAUUUCUUGUUGCGUGGACCAUUGCUGGCCCUUGAGGAACUGAACCUAUCAGGCACAUCAAUCCGAAGAGUUGACCUCAGGGAUGAGGUAGUGCAGGUGACAGGACUCGAAAAGGUCUUUCUGACGGGCUGCAAGCAGUUGCGUGCAAUACUGUGGUGGAAAGAAGCCAUGUUGCAGGUGCUUCGCAUUGACACCCAUGGAAAAAACGAGGACACAGGACCACCACCACCUUAUUCUGAUUCUUCAUCCAUUAGAAUCCAACACAAAAACUAUGAUGGCUAUAUCAUUGCAAGCGAUGUGAGGAUCAUUCAGUCCUUGAUGAUCGGGUCAGACAAUUUCAUUGCUGACAGCUUCUAUCUAGAUCUGCAUGUGCCACCCUCCAGCAGCAGAUCUAAAGGGCAAAGCAGCAGCGACGAGGUUAUGGCCAAACCUCGCUGCUAUACCUAUAGUGAUAUCCUUCUUGAGGGGGGCGCUGCUCCUGCUUAUAACCAUGAGAUCCCAUGGCCUCCACCCUCGGAUUGCCAUGUUGAGGUUGGUGAAGGAAUCAGCCUCAGCGAUGUGGAGAGCAACAAGGGAAUCCGAGCUAUUGAUGACAUGAUGGAGUGGUGCAUUAACUCCUUGCAUAUGCAUGAUAAUUCAUGCAUCCUUUCUAUCACCCCCAAGAGUGCACGUGAAGGUGGCUACCAAAGUUCCAAACUCAAAUGGUGCCGUGUCGAGAGGUGCCCAAAGCUACAGGCAGUGUUUUCCUCAUAUCAAAUGGAGUUUCCUGAACUGGAGAGAAUCUGGGCAUCUGAUCUCCUCGCAGCUGACUGCAUUUGGAGCAAAGGAACCAUUUACCGCUACGGAGACAAUUUUAAAAGACUACAGAGUAUACACGUGCACAACUGCCCUAGGCUCAAGUUUGUCCUCCCGUUCAGAGGUUUCACCUUGCCCAGCUUGGAGACUCUCCACAUUUCCCACUGCGGUGAUCUCAGGCAUGUCUUCCCAUGGGAUGACAACAUGUAUGGAAAAGCGGGUGAAGUGAAGGAAUUCGCAGAGCUGAGGCACAUCCACCUGCACGACCUCCCCAGUCUGCAAGAGAUAUGCGAGGCCAAGAUGUCCGCACCUGUGCUCGAGAGCGUCAAGGUCAGGGGCUGUUGGGCCCUCAGGCGCCUCCCAGCGGUCGGCAGCCACCGACCAGUUGUGAACUGCGAGAAGGACUGCUGGGAGAAGCUGGAGUGGGACGGGAUGCACGCCGGUCACGACCCAUCCCUCUACGAGCCACACCAUUCGUCGUCCUACUACAAGAAGCGCCUCAUCAGAGGCACGGUCCUCCGGUAACCUAACAUAGUUGCUGGUGCCAAGUCUGUGACUGCUUUCCAAUACUGCUGCCGUUGCUGCAAUACGGAUCAAGGAUUUGCUUGCCAAGUUGGUGUGUUUGCUCAAGAAUAAAUUGGUGUUUCAUACUUACUAUGUUAAUUUGGUUUGGCUUGUGGUUGUUUGCAUGCUUGAAUUUGAAAUAAGAGGGUGUACAUGUGCCUGUGUGGUGUGCCUACCACAGUCACUGAAUCCCCAUGGUGUGUGGAGCGUGUCCCGCUCAAGACUCGAUGAACGAAAUGUUAUUUGUGAAGUGUGAUCGAUGUGGCAUGCAGCUUGUUAAUGCUGCCUGCACAAAAAUAAAAAAACGGAUU